UGCUUUAUUUUUGUGCUUGCGUCGGCUCCUCUUCCCCACACCGGUCGCUAAAGUAUCCCCACGCGCUCUCCAUUUCCUCUGUAUCUACUUUUUUGGGCUUUCAUUUGGAUCUCGAUCGCGAUCUCGAUUUUCGUGGAGUGGAAGGGAAGGGAAGGUAAGGUGGGGAGAGAAGAGAUAAGCGAGGGUUGGAAAUGAUGGAGUUGGAGCUUUACCAGGAGCUUAUCCUGGCCGCCGUCUUCUCCGUCCUAAUCGCCUUUCUGAUCGGGAAGAUCGCCGUUGUUGGAGCUAGCGAAGGCGAACUCAUGGAGGACGUUUCUGAUUCCGCCGAUUGUGCGGAUUCCCUUUCUGCUGGUGGAAAAUUGGAGGGAUCGGAGUUGAAUGAAGCUGAGGCGAGCGGUGUUCGUUCCGGGAGUGAAGAGGAGAUUGUUGGUGUGUCGAAGGAAAAGAGUGAUGCUGGGACGGACAUGAUGACAGUCGAGGAGGAGUUUGAUGGGGAGAUGAAAAUGCCUGUGGUGGUGGAGAGUUUGAGGGAGGAGGUCGAGCGGCAUGUAGUGGGUACGGAGAUUAAGAUGGAGAGGGGAAGUGAGGGCGAGGGUGAGGAGGAGGGAUCGCUGCUUCACGGGGAGGACGAGUGGGAAGGGAUAGAGAAGAGCGAGGUGGAAAAGCUUUUUGGUGUGGCUACUGAGUAUGUUCGUAGCGCGAGUGGCGCAGUUGCGUUGGCCAGGUUGAGCAGUGAUGUGCAGUUGGAACUCUACGGGCUUAACAAGAUUGCCACGGAGGGGCCCUGCUUUGAGUCGCAGCCACUGCCAUUGAAUUUCUCUGCUCGAGCCAAAUGGCAAGCUUGGCAAAGAUUGGGAAACAUGUCACCAGACGUAGCUAUGGAACAUUACAUCAGUCUUCUUUCCAACUAUAUUCCCGGAUGGAUGGACUUAAAAUCUGGAGAGGAUGCCAAAUGUGGCAAAGACAAUGAUUCUCCAGUGGUAGGGAUAUCAGAUUCAGGUAUUUCUGAUUUAAGAUCGUCAUCACAGCGUCAACUGAGCUCUGAAACUCAAAGGAAAUCAGGAGACCAUGCUUCUUUUGAAAUUGAUCAUGCAUCAGAAGGGUCGAAAAUACUAGAGCAAGGUACUUUGGACGCAGGGUUUACAAGUACUUUCAUCCUCAACCUGCUAUCUCCAACCAGAGGGGCUUUCUUGAGCAUCUACUGGUAAUCUGGCAGACCCUGAUGAAUUAAAUAAAUAACAUAAUUGCUUGGCUGCUCGGCUUUGAAGUUGCAAUUUCCUUAUGAUCAUAUGGUCUACUAUUGUGCAUGUAUUAUACUGUAUAUAACUUUAUUGUGAAAUGCAAUCUGCAUAUUUGUACCUAAAACCAAAUGAUUGCUCUACUCCUGCUUUGAUUGCAACAUCAUGAGUGUGAUAUCAAAUGAUUUCAGCAUUAUUA